CUUCCUCAUUUUAUCUUCACAACCACUCUGUGAAGCAUAGUGACAUGAAUCCAGGUCUCCUCCUCCAACACUCUCAACAUUCCACCAAAGUCAGAGGUCUGACCAAAUUCAGCUUAUUCCCAGUUGAGGAAUUUGCCUUCAGGGCAGGAAGGAAUACGUCACAGGCAAGGAGGUGGUUAAGAAAGUCAGUCUACCUUUUUAAACUUCAGACACAAAGGAAUAGGUGUUGUGAGCAGCUACUUGUGAGCUUCCCGGCAGGCAUAUCCAUCAACUGGCUACCAGCUAAGCAUGGAAGAAGGGAGCGGCACCUUAAAGGAAGGCUUUCUUGUUAAAAAGGGGCACGUUGUCCACAACUGGAAAGCAAGAUGGUUUGUUCUCCUCCAAGACAGGCUGCUCUAUUAUAAAGUUGUGGGAGGAAAGAAGGAGUCUUCUCCAAAGGGCAGAAUUCUUCUUGAUGGCUGCAUUAUUACCUGCCCUUGUUUGGAGUAUGAGAACAGGCCGUUGGUCAUUAAACUGAGAACAAAAACCAACACAGAAUAUUUCCUUGACUCUUCCUCCCGAGAAGAGCGUGACUCUUGGGCUUUGGAUAUAACUGGUGCCAUUCAUGCUGGCAAUCCGGGGCAAGUCCAACAGCUUCAGCGCAUGAAAAAUUCUUUCAAACUGCCAUCAAAUAUCAGUCUGAGUCUCAUUGUAGAGAAAAUGCAUGACAACAGCAAUGGAAUUAAGUUGACACCCAACACAGGACAAGGCAGCACGUAUAAGGAAAGUUUUACAGGUUCUGUUUUGGUAGACUGGCUGAUUUCCAAUAAAUUUGCAGCCUCCAGGCUAGAGGCAGUCACACUGGCCUCUAUGCUGAUGGAAGAAAAUUUCAUCAAGCCUGUGGGAGCCCGAAGUGUUGAAGCCAUGAGGAAUGGUGAUCUAGUUGAGCAAUUUUUAGACGAUUCUACUGCAUUGUAUCUAUUUGCUGAAAGCUAUAAAAAAAGAGUCAGCUCCAAAGAAGAGCUUCAUCUUAACAUUCUUGAAUUGAGUGGCACAAUUGUAAAACAAGGCUUUUUAACAAAACAGGGGCACAAAAGAAAAAACUGGAAGGUGAGGCGGUUCGUCCUGAGGGCUGAUCCUGCUUUCUUACAUUAUUAUGACCCCACCAAGGAAGAUAACAGGCCAGUUGGUGGGUUUUCUCUCCGUGGCUGUCUUAUUUCAGCACUAGAAGAUAAUGGAGUUCCAGCAGGAGUGAAAGGAAAUGUGCAGGGCAAUCUCUUCAAAAUCAUCACAAAGAAUGACAUCCACUACUACAUACAGGCCAGUUGUAAGGCAGAGAGGGCUCAAUGGAUUGAGGCUAUCAAACAACAGACAUAAGAAUUGUGAGAAUGUCUAGGACACGGAAAACUCAUGCUUCAGUGCAGCAGAAUUGUUUUAACUCUAGCACGAAGCCUACAUCUGACUAAUCUGCUUAUCAUGAAGCAGGAAAGCAUAUAACACUCUUCAUCUGACAAUUUGUACAUUCUGAUGAUGCACCUAUUUUCAUCUAUUCUUCUAUGUAGUCGAAGAUCUCUACAUAUUGUCAUCUCAAAGUCAGUCUGGAAUUCUGGAUACAGUAUUUCACCAGGUACAUUCACCUGAAUAAAGAUAAACUGAAUGACACGGAGAACUGUGUCAUAAUUAUAACCAAGAAUGGGGACAACCCAUCUAAAGGCAAAUCAGCUCUCUUCUACAUGGAUCUAUUCAACUCUCCAGGGUAUAUGGAUCCACAAGGGUAUAUGGUUGUGGUUUAUAUAUAGAUUUUGUAUUUGCCACCAUGUAAUUCUUAGCUUGUAGUUGUAAGUUCUGAUUGUUUAAUAUUACACACUUUUAAUGUUUUUGUAUGAACCAUUUUGAGAAUGGUCCUGUUGAAAUACAAGGUAUAAAAAAAGAUACCGUAUUUUUCCGUGUAUAAGACUAUACUUUUGUCUAAA